GCUCUCGAGUUUGAGCCCCGCCGGCCACCGUAGCUGGUUGUAAAAGAAGCCGAAGGAAGGUUAAUUUAGGUUGGAUAAGUGUUGUUCUUAUUCCUGUUUAUUGUAAAAUACUGUUCAAUACAACAGUGCUAAGUUUCCUGGUUUCAUACGUUUGUAGGAGUGUGACCAGAUAAUUUAACAACCAAAGAAUAUAGCCUCACUACAGAAUCUGGACUUUGAACGUCCAAAGAGCGAUGUUGUCAGUGAUCAUCAGAUCAGCUCUGCAGAAAUACAGAGGGUUGUGGCUGCCGGGUCAGGUUGCAGUCAGGGCCAUGUCGUCUUCCAGCAGUCCGGGCUCUCCGUACACCACCCUCGCCAUCAGCCACCCUGCGGAGUCCGUCACACAUGUAGAGCUGAACCGUCCAGAGAAACGCAACGCCAUGAAUAAAGCGUUCUGGAGUGAGAUGGUGACAUGUUUUAAUGAGAUAGCUGAAGACCCGGACUGCAGAGUGGUGGUAGUUUCUGGAGCAGGGAAGCUCUUUACAGCAGGCAUCGACCUGAUGGACAUGGCCAGCGACGUCCUCCAGCCGGAGGGUGACGACGUGUCGAGAAUUUCCUGGAAUUUGAGGAAAAUAAUCGCCAAGUAUCAGGAGACGUUCUCUGUCAUAGAGCGGUGUCCAAAGCCUGUUGUGGUGGCCGUCCAUGGAGCCUGUGUGGGAGGAGGUGUCGACCUGAUCACAGCGUGUGACAUCCGCCUGUGUACCCAGGACGCCUGGUUCCAGAUCAAGGAAGUUGAUAUUGGACUUGCAGCAGACGUUGGAACUCUUCAGAGACUUCCUAAACUCAUCGGCAGCCGCAGCUUAGUGAACGAGCUGGCUCUGACUGCCAGGAGGAUGUACGCUGAUGAAGCCAAGAGCAGUGGACUGGUCAGCCGAGUGUUUGCAGAUAAGGAGACGAUGAUGGCUGGAGCUCUGGAGAUGGCCGGGGAGAUCGCUGGUCGCAGCCCUGUAGCUGUGCAGGGAACCAAAAUCAACCUCAUCUACUCCAGAGACCACAGUGUAGCAGAGGGACUGGACUACAUGGCUUCGUGGAACAUGAGCAUGCUUCAGACUCAAGAUGUGAUGAAGUCAGCUCAGGCCUCCAUGGAGAAGAAAAGCCCCAAGACGAUAGAGUUCUCCAAACUCUAAAUGUCACAGAGGCAAAGUUCAGAUCAACACAAAGCUGCCAUUUUAUUUUUUCCCUGUUGCCUUUUUUUGGGGGGGAAGGAGAGAAUAUGUGAAUCUUUUGCUUUGUAUUUUUUGUAACACCAAAACUAAAAAAAUCCAGUAAUCAGUAGGUAUUUGAUUAAAAUGUAUCGAGACUUUGAGAUAGAGGCUUGACGCUUGUGUCUGUGGCAGGUGACCGUUCUUGGGAUUUCUUUCCAAAUAUUUAUUAUUUUUGGGUUGAAAGAAUUUUGAUAAGAUAUUAAAAACUAAAGAUUAAUUUAAUCAUCAUUGUAUGAAAUAAAUCAUAACAAAGUUCAGGGUAAUAUCUUCCCAGAGGUAACCCUAACUGUGACCUCUUAUGAACUGCGCCAAACAUCCCAUACUCGGCUAACAGUCCAUUCACAGUGGCUGCAGAAAUCUUUGUGAAGGAUGACUGUGCAUUUUGAACUGAAGAGAAAUCCGAGGUUAAAUACAAUUAUCUGUCAGUGUGGAAGAAUUUAUGGAUUUUCUGCAACUAAUCAUAUUGUAAAAACUUUCAGUGUUUUCUGUCUGUAAAUGACUUCAUGAAUGUUUCAUCUUGUUAAAAUAACUCAUCUGGAA